AUGUUGGCUACUUGCGGAAGGCAUCUUAAUUCUUCUUUCGCUCGUUCCUUUGCUAAAGGCGCAUCGCCUAUCAUUGGUAUCGAUCUUGGUACAACAAAUUCUUGCGUCGCUGUUGUAGAAGCAGGAAAACCAAAAGUUAUUCCAAAUUCUGACGGACAACGCACAACGCCAUCAGUUGUUGCAUUCGAUAAGAACGGACAACUCUUAGUUGGUGAACAAGCAAAGCGUCAACUCGUUCUCAAUCCUAAAUCCACCUUCGCAGCCACAAAGAGAAUUAUCGGUCGCACAUUUGAUGAUGAUAUGACAUUACAAGCAAUGAAGAUGUGCUCAUUCGAGGUUGCCAAGGCCGAAAACGGCGAAGCUUGGGUCAGAGACGGCAAAGGCAAACUUUAUUCUCCUUCCCAGAUCGGUGGAUACGUUCUUGCUAAGAUGAAAGAGACUGCUGAGGCAUACUUAGGCCAAAAGGUUAAGGAUGCGAUCGUCACAGUCCCAGCUUAUUUCAACAAUGCACAGCGCCAGGCUACAAAGGACGCUGGCCGCUUAGCUGGACUCAACGUUAUGCGUACAAUCAACGAGCCAACAGCUGCUGCACUCGCCUACGGCUUAAACCGCAAGAAAGGCGAAACAGUCGCUGUUUACGAUCUUGGUGGCGGCACAUUCGAUAUUUCCAUUCUCGAAAUCAGUGACGAUGGCAUCUUCGAAGUCAAAUCUACAAACGGAAACACAUUCCUCGGAGGAGAAGACUUCGAUAAUGUUUUAACAAACUACAUCCUUCAGCAAUACAAGAAGGACGAGAACAUUGAUCUCUCUGCAGAUCCAAUGGCCGUCGCACGUAUCCGUGAAGCCGCAGAAAAGGCUAAAUGCGAUCUUUCAUCUUCAAUCAUGACAGAAGUCAAUCUUCCAUACAUUACAAGUACAGGAGCUGGUCCAAAGCACCUCUCCAUGACAGUCACCCGCCAAAUGUUCGAAGCUCUUACAUUACCUUUAAUCAAGAAGACUCUCGACCCAGUUACACAAGCUCUCAAGGAUGCAUCGAUGAAUCCACACGAUAUCAACGAAGUCAUCCUUGUCGGAGGCAUGACUCGUGUUCCAAAGGUUAUUUCCUCAGUUGGCGAAUUCUUCGGCAAAGAUCCAUUCCGCGGUGUCAAUCCUGAUGAAGUUGUUGCUGUUGGUGCUUCAAUCCAGGGCUCAGUACUUACAGGAGGUCUCGAUGAGAUCUUAUUAUUAGAUGUCACACCAUUAUCUCUUGGUAUUGAGACUAUGGGUGGCGUUUUCACUCGCCUUAUCCCACGUAACACUGUUGUCCCAACAAAGAUCACAGAAAGCUUCUCAACAGGUGUUGAUGGCCAAAAGAACAUCGCAAUUCGCGUUUACCAAGGAGAAAGAGAACUUGUUAAGGACAACAAGUUCCUCGGUGAAUUCAAUUUGGUCGGUAUCCCACCACAGCCAAGAGGAAUUCCAAAUAUCAAUGUCACUUUUGAAAUUGACGCAAAUUCGAUUAUCCACGUUUCAGCUGUUGACAAAGGAUCCGGCAAGGAACAGAAGAUUGAGAUCAAGCAGUCAGGCGGAUUGACACAGGAAGAGAUCAUGAAGAUGAUCGCUGAUGCUGAUAAGCACAGGAAAGAAGAUGAACAGCGCAAAGUUGUCAUAGAACAAUCCUACGAUAUGCACGGAUUUGUUGGUGAAAUCGAAAAGCAAAUCCACUUCAACAAGGACAGAUUACCAAAAUGGCUCAUCGAAAAGGUCGAACAGAAGGUUAAGGAAAUGAACGCUGCUCUCGCAACAUAUGAUAUGGAUAAGAUCAAUACUGCUUUCAAGGCUCUUCAGGCUGUUGCUAUGGAAAUGCCAGAUAAUCUCAAGGUUCGGUAA